CGCGUGAAUGAAUGCCACACGCGAAAGCUGACAAAUACAUACGUCUGCCUAGGCUAUCGCCGUCAAGGCUCGUCUACUCAUGACCUAACACCCGAACACCCGGCCGCUCAGCUGACACAGCAGGGCGCCUUCCAUUGCAGCCCUGCUCAUUCGUCACACGCACCCCAAUCAACGCCCUCGGCCCACUUGACGCGCAGCGGGGGGAGAUAGGCCGGCAAAACCGUCCCAGCGGGCUCGAUCGGGGCCACAGGCACCACCACCAUCCUCCCCUUGCCCUUUCCGGGGAGAGGCGUGGCGUUGUUGAUGGGGCUGUAUGCGGCCAGGUGCUGGUGGAACGGGUAAAGGGGCAGCUGCAUGCCGGCCAUCAUGUCGUCCCAUGCGUUGGUCAGCAGCGGGGAGAUAAGCUCGCGCAGCAUGUCGAUGUGCGACCUCCUCACCUCGAUCAGCAGCUCGUCGUGGAGGUUGAGCACCAGGUUGGCGUCGAGGGCCGGAUGUUCACGUAGCGCGUCAGCGACCCGGAGGGUGGCGAACUUCAUGACGUCGGCCGCGCUGCCCUGGAUGACCAUGUUGCUCGCCUGCCGGUCCACCCGCGGCCUGUUGGUCACCCGCUUCCUCUUCUCGCCAUCCUUGGCGCCUCUCGCCGACACCAUGUCGGGGAAGAACCGCUUGCGGCCGCCUAUCGUGCUCACGCAUCCCUCCGUCCGCACCUGGUACUUGCAAAACUCAAACAGCUGCCGCACACGCGGGAAGGCCUCGAAGAAUCGCUCGAUGUGCGCCUUGGCGGCGGCGCGGUCCAUCAUGGCCUGUUGCGCCAGCCCGUCGGCCGUCUGGCCAUAGAGGAUGCCGUAGGUAACCUUCUUAGCCUCAUCGCGCUGCUGGGGGGUCACCUGGUCAAUGGGCACGCCGAAGAGUCGCGAGGCGGUCUCGCGAUGGACGUCGCCGGUCUGGAUGGCCGCCAGGAGGGAGGUGUCGAGACUCAGCCGCGCCAGGAUGUCGAUCUCCAUCUGACGAUAAUCCACAGCCACAUAGACCAAGGGGUCGGAUGACGAGUCGUUGCCACCCGCGUCGUGUGUGAGGGAGAAGGCCUGGCGGACGUUGGGGGGGAUCUGCUGCAGGUUUGGCCGCUCACAUGCGAGCCGCCCGGUGCCUGUGCCGGUCUGUAGGAAGGAGCAGUGUAUCCUGUGGGUGGUGUUGGAGACGUGACGCUGAAGAGGCACCACGAAGCCGCUGUCCUGCUUGGAGAUGUCGCGGUGAUCCAAAAUCAGGUCAAUGAACCUGACAGACAGACCAAGGGAGGGAAGGGCAGCACAUGAAGGUAGGUACCGUACCGCAUGCCUUUCUGUGUGCUCAGCUGGGGGCGUGUGUCGGCUAUCUCACUGACCUAAUGGCUCGAUGUAUCUCCUCGUCCGUCUUGUUCUUCACCACCCCCUCCCCGGCCUCAGUAUCCCGCACCUCACCCUUUCCCCUGGCAUCCACUUCCUCCUGCAGCCUCUUUUGCAGCUCCUUGAGCGCAUACACAGACGUGGACUUGUCUGUCUUGGGCGCGUUGGCCUGCUUGAGACGCACCGAGGGCAUCCCGAAGUCAUCAAACAGCACCUGCCCCACUUGUGCGGGCGACCUCGGGUUGAACUCGCGACCGGCAAGCUCGUGCAGCUCCCCCUCGAUGACGUCCGCCGCGCUGCCCUCUCCUCCUUCCCCACCGCCCUCCUUUCGCCCCUCGAGCCUCUGGAGGACAGUCACGUUGAGGGGCAUCCCUCUCUGCUCCAUGGCAGCCAGCACCGGGAUCAGUGGCCGCUCUAAUCUCUCCCACAGGGACCACAGCACCGCAUCUCUCAGGCGACUCUCGAGAGCGCGCCACAGAGGGAUCAGAGACGUGGAGGGGUCGGGGGCGUCAGGGGCGUCAGUGGUGGGAGAGUCGGGGAGGUAUGUGGCCAUGAGCUGUGCGAGGGGCUGCCGAUGCAGGUCGGGCUCCAGAAGCCAGGCCGCCACACUGACGUCGAAGCACCGGUCGGCCGGCAGAGGCGGCAUGCCCAUGGCCUUGAGCCCAUGCAGGACGCUCUUGAUGUCGUCACUCACCCAGAGGGUCGACGGACCAGACAAAGCGGCCGCCAAUGAGGACGCAAUGGGUCCACCAGAUGACGACAGGAGGGCCGGUGACAGCGACACAUGGCAGAUGCGGCCUGAUGGUGUGGGCAGCGGAAAGGAUAUGUUGAUGUGCAGGCGGUCCACAUCCGGCGGGUACUUGAGAGGGAGGCUGGGAGCCGCUGCGGCCGGUUUGCUGCUCUUGCGCUGGCGGGUCGACGGCGGCUUGCCGACAAGCGCCUCGCUCAUGAGGAUUGACGCCACAGGCGAUAGCAUACCAUCCUCCAAUACGGCCGCAUCGUCCGAAAAGGACACAGCGGAUGGGUCGCUCUCCUCCACAGCACGCAUCAAGGAUGACAGGGAAGAACCUUCUUCGCCUGUAUCCUCCAUGACGUCUUCAGGGGCCGACUGGCGGUUGGCGGCCGCAUCUGGCCAUCCGUUGAGGGAAGGGGCGGCCUCCCGCACUGAAGGCGCGUGGGUCACAUGGUCGGUGGGGACGGUGAGAGGCGGCACCACGGGGUGCUGCCGCGAGAGACUCGCAAAUCCCCUCGUCUGCAUCGAGAUGGGCGCCGCGACUGAGCUGUCGGCUGAUGCUGGCGCCGCAUUGCCGAUCCUUGGCGUCGGCGGCAGCAUUCCCACUUCGACGAACUGCCUCUUGGUUCCCUUCAUCUCGAGCUCGUCCAGCAGCUGCGACAGCUCCUGGGCCUGAGGAGGGCGGAUGAGGUAGUCGGUGAGAGAGGAGGAGAUGGGCAAAGAGGUGUUGAGGGUGGUCGUCUGCAGGGUGCGGCGGCACUGGGCCAUCCUGGCAUCGUCUUGCCGGAUGGUCCUCAGCUCCAAACGCACCUUACGGCUCACAUGGGGGUCGUAUCGCCCGUGCUCCAACACACCCUGGAGAGAGAGCCACACACACAGAGAGACAGAGAGAAAAGGUCAUACGUUUGUCGCGUCCCCUUUCCCCUCUGACUGACACCCUGCACUGACUCACCUCGAGGUUGCCGUGUUGUUGCAGCAGUUUCUGUGCCGUCUUGGGCCCCACGCCCUUGACGCCCUCCACAGAGUCGACGGAAUCCCCCACGAGCGCCAGGUAGUCGGGCACCUGGUGCGGCUCGAUGCCCAGCUCCCGCCGCAGCCUCUCGCGGGUCAUCGAGUACUGGUAGGGCCCUCCCGCCUUCCACCCCCUCCCCCCUGCAGGCCUGUGCGGCAGCAGGCACUUGACGCGGUCGUUGACGAGCACCUGCCACAGGUCCUUGUCCGACGACAGAAUGAGGAUCGACGAUAUCACGCUAGAGAGGUCUUGUUCGUCCCACUGGUCCAGCAGCUUCUUGGUAAGGGUGCCAAUGACGUCGUCGGCCUCCCAUCCCUCGUACUUGACGCCUAUAAGCUCGUCCGAGCCAAUGGUGGGGAUGCCCGCGAGGUCGAGCAGCUUGAGUGCCAGAGGGAACUGCACGGUGAGGUCUUCUGGCUGUGCGUCGCGGUCCUUCUUGUAGUCGGGGUAUAUCUCCUUCCUCUCUCUGUGUGAGUCCUCGCCCUCCAACACCGCCACCAUGUGGUGCGGCUUGUAGUGCCGCACCAGCUUCAGCACCGACUGAGCCAGCCCGUAAACGGCCCCCGUCGGCACCUCUGCCGUCGUCCGCAGGUCCUUGAGCGCCCAGUAGGACCGCACAAUCAUGCCCGCCGCGUCGAUGAUCACAAAGGGCGGUCUGGAGGCUGAGGUGGACUCUGCCGCGGCUGAUUGAGCCGUGAGGGGGAGCCAUGAGGAGGAUGGCUCUGCCGGCAAGGAGAGUCCAUAACGUGACAGGGCAGUCGUCCGUCGGCCAUGCGCCAGUGGAGGGAUCCCAAAACAGACGGGCGACCGCCUGACGCGGCCGGCAAAAGCCAUUGCUGAUGGAUCUGGUGGUCUCGCCAAUGCAGAGAUCGAUGAAGCCAUUUGGCAAUGCAUCGGCGCCCGAAUGGCUCUCGUUGGUGACAGCAUCGACAGAAACCACCCCAUCACGACGACCAGGAGACGAUAAGGGCAGCAGCGUGACGCUCUCCUCCUCAGCUCAUGGUGAUCUUGUCCAGUCACCGAUUCCCUCUCGGGAGAGGCCGAGGGUGGACAGAUGUGCGCUGAAGAUGGACGAUGCAUAACUGAUCUAAGUCCUGAUGCCCUUUCCGCGAUGAAUGCAUAGCUUCCCU